GGGCUGGGGUUGGUAAGGUCGGGCCAUGGUGGGGCCGAGGUUGGGAAGAUGGCGUUGCGAGGUUGGGCACAGCGAGGCUGGGGCUGCGGUCAGGCGUGGGCGCCUCCAGUGGGCGGCGGCUGCCCGGAGCUCUCUGCGGCCCAGGCCCCGCGGCUGCUCGGACGCAGGUUUAACUUAUUUCUUCAGCAAAAAUGUGGCUUUAGAAAAGCGCCAAGGAAGGUUGAACCGCGAAGGUCAGACAAAGGGUCGGGUGGUGAAUCGUACAAGAGAAGUGCCUUGAUCCCGCCUCUGGAAGAGACCGUUUUUUAUCCUUCCCCCUACCCUCUAAGAACUCUUGUGAAGCCCUUCUUCUUCACCGUUGGGUUCACAGGCUGUGCAUUUGGAUCAGCUGCUAUUUGGCAAUAUGAAUCACUGAAAUCCAGGGUCCAGAGUUAUUUUGAUGGUGUAAAAGCUGACUGGUUGGAUCACAUUCGGCCACAAAAGGAAGGAGACUUCAGAAAGGAGAUUAACAAGUGGUGGAAUAGCCUAAGUGAUGGCCAGCGGACUGUGACAGGCAUCAUAGCCGCAAAUGCUCUGGUAUUCUGCCUAUGGAGGGUGCCAUCACUGCAUCGAACCAUGAUCAGAUAUUUUACAUCCAACCCAGCAUCAAAGGUUCUUUGUUCUCCAAUGUUGCUGUCAACCUUCAGCCAUUUCUCCCUAUUCCACAUGGCAGCAAACAUGUAUGUUUUGUGGAGCUUCUCAACCAGCAUCGUGAACAUUCUGGGUCAAGAGCAGUUUGUGGCAGUGUACCUGUCUGCAGGUGUUAUUUCCAAUUUUGUCAGUUAUGUGUGUAAAGUUGCCACAGGAAGAUAUGGACCUUCACUUGGUGCAUCAGGAGCGAUCAUGACUGUGCUUGCAGCAGUCUGCACCAAGAUCCCAGAUGGGAGGCUCGCCAUCAUCUUCCUCCCGGUCUUCACCUUCACAGCAGGCAAUGCCUUAAAAGCCAUCAUUGCCAUGGAUACAGCUGGGAUGAUCCUGGGAUGGAAAUUUUUUGAUCAUGCAGCACAUCUUGGGGGAGCUCUCUUUGGAAUAUGGUACAUCACUUAUGGUCAUGAACUCAUUUGGAAGAACAGGGAGCCUCUAGUGAAAAUCUGGCAUGAAAUAAGGACUAAUGGUCCCAAGAAAGGAGGUGGCCCUAAGUGAAGCAGAGCUGGCCCGUGUGGUGCGUCUGCUCCUGGCUUCUCGAGGACUCAGCGUCCAGCGGCCCCAGUGUUUCAAAUGUCCCCAGUACAUGUAUGUCUCCUUAGAAAAUUAUGGUAAAGUUGUGAAAUAAAUGUUUAUAUCUCUAGUUUGUAAA